AUGUCAUUAUUUAAAAUUAAAACUAUCACUAUUGAUCAUACUGAAAAAAACAUCAGAAUUUCAAGAUCAGUUACUAUUAAUGAAAAUAGUGAUAGAUAUAUUUGUAUACCAGAUGAAAUUAGUAAUGAAGAAAGUGUUGAAAUUUUAGAUAGUGUUGAGAAUGGUUCAACAUUAUUACACUCUGAGAAACCAUCAUUUCCAGAAGAUUUAAAAUAUUUUAAAAAUAAAAAAUUUAAAAUUCAAAUGGUUGAAGGUAAUCAUAUUGUUGGUAAAUUAAUUGAAUCAAGUAAUGAAACUAAAUCAAUUACUUUAAAUGUUGAAUCUUAUCAUUCUUUUAAAAGUGAUAAUUCAUUACCAAAUGGUAUGAUUAAAUUAGAACAUUCAAAAAUUUUAUCAUACUUUUUAUUAUCAUCUGAUAAUGAUAAUAAUAAUAAUAAUAAUAAUAAUAAUAAUAAUAAUAAUAAUAAUAAUAAUAAUAAUAAUAAUAAUAAUAAUAAUAAUAAUAAUAAUAAUAAUAAUAUUAACAAUGAUGAUUUCUAUAUUAAAAAUAAUUGUGAAAGAAUUACAAAAAUUGAAAUUAAUAAUAAUAAGGUUAAAAGAGAUAUAAUUGUAAAUUAUAAUAUUCAUAUUCAAAAACAUGGUGCAGAAUUUGGUCAUUUUAUUCACUUGGUUAAAGGUUUAAAAUGUGGUAAACAAUUAUAUUGUAAAGCAAAUUUAAAAGAUGAUUUACCAAUUACAAUUGUAACAGAAUAUAAAUGGAAACCAUUUAUAGAUAUUGGUUCAAGUGAUAAUGUACAACUUAGAAUUAAAACAUUGGCUGAAAAGAAAAAAGUGAUUUAUAAAAUUGAUAAUUUGAAAUGUUAUAAUAAUAUCACAACUAAUAUUCAAAUUAAUAAAUUUCAAACAACUGCAAAUCGUGCAAUAUUGGUUUAUCCAGGUGGUCCACUCCAAGUAUCAAUUUACUUUAAAAAUAAUUCAAAAUUAUUUUUAACUAAAACUAGAUGUAAAUUAAUUCAAAAUGAUUUAAUUGAAAAUGAAAAUGAAAAUAAAGAACAAACUGAUGAUGACGAUGAAGAUGAUGACGAAGAUGAAGAUGAGGAUAGUGAUGAGGGUGACGAUAUUGCUUUUAAUUCUCCACCAUCUGAAAUACCACCUAGUAUCAGCAGUGUCAGUAGUAAUAGAAAUAAUAAUAAUAUUAACAUUAAAACUAGUGCAAAUCCAAUAAGAAGAAAUGUUAAUUCGGGUUUAUUCGCUUGCCAAUUAUUAGGUAUUGUUAAACCAAAUUCAAUUGGUAUUAUUUCAUUUCUUAUUCCAACUGAAAAAUUAAAACUUUUUAAAGAUAUUGGUCAUCAAGCAUUAUUUGAAACAAGAGGAAAAGAAUCAAAUAUUAAUCAAAUUAAAGUAUCAAGUGUUUUCACAAUAUUAGAGACUGAAACAUUAAAUAAAAUUACUUAUCAAGUUGCAAAUAUUAGUCAACAUUCAAUUAAACUCAUUAUUUACACUGGUUAUGGUAUUAUUGGUACUGAAACACCAUUGAAUGAGUACACCAAAGUAUUAAUAACACCAACUAUCAAUGAAAAUAAUAACAACAACAACAAUAGCAAUAGAGUCAUUGAAAAGAUUGAUGAAACUUUAUAUUUAAUUCAAAAUUGUGUUGGUUUUUCAAUUGUAAACUUUGAAUUAUACAAUUCAAAAUGUAAACAAUUAAUGACAAAUUCAAGAUUACCACAAGAUGCAUUGAAUCUUUUAAAUAAUAAUGGUAUUUCAAUUACAUAUUCUCCAAAUUUAUUUAAAUGUCAUGAUUUAACACAUUUGGGUAGAAGUGCACAAGAUUCAUUAUUCAAAUUUUUAGGUUCAAUAACAUUGGAAGAUAAAACAUCAUCAUACUUUAAUAAACCAUAUUUACCAGCUCCACUUACAAAUUAUUUAUUUGAUCAAACAAUUUCAUCAAAAUCCUCUGGUACUAGUGUACUCUCAAAUAUGGUUAGUUGUAAUCCUCGUGCUUUAAAAUUAGGUUUAUUUGAUAGUGAAAAUCCACAAUCACAACAAAAUGAUAAACAUAACAACACCAACAUUCCAAGUAGUUCAAAAUAUAGUAGCAGUUUUAUUGAGGGCACUUUUAGUUCAAGAGAAGACAAUCAUUCAAAAAAGUCUUCACGCAUCAUAUCUUAA